AUGGCGUGCCGGCCUCUCAUUCCAUCCCUGCAGCUGAGUCCGGCCUUGGCCAAACGGGGCCGUCCAGCUGGGCCUGGAAUCGGGGCCUCUCGGGCAGCUGCCCUUGUGAAAACCGGGGGUGGAAGACCUCAGCCCCUUCCGUUCCUGGCUUGCGUGUCCCCGCAGCUGCCUCAGGAGGAGGAGAGGGCCUUCCUCACCCGUCCCCUUUUCUCCUCAGUCUACUUCCGGGCACUGGUGAACUUCACCCAUUCCAUCGAGUACAGCCCGCGCUUGGAAGAUGUCAACUCGGAGGCCUUCCAGGAGGUGUCCGAAGCGGUCGUGGAUACGCUGGAAUCUGAAUACGUCAAGAUCCCCGGGGAUCAGUCGGUCAGCGUGGUUUUUAUCAAGGAGAUCGAUGGCUAUAGCUUCGUGGAGCUGGACGUGGGCUCCGAGAAGAACACCGACGAUGAGCAGAUCCGCGAGGUGCUUUUCUCCGUGGUGGCCAGCGGGUCCAUCGCCUCUUACCGCACCUCCCGCAAGGGAUUCCAGUUCCGACGCCUGGGAGCAGCCCAAACCCCGCCUCCCCCCAUCUCCGAGGCGCCGCCAGUCUCCCCACAGAUCCGGCCCUGCACGGCGGACGAGUUCUCUUGCCUGAGUGGAGAGUGCAUCACCCGCGAAUUCUUCUGCGACCGGCGGCCGGAUUGCCGCGACAUGUCGGACGAGCUGGACUGUGAGGAGCCCGAGCCCCCUGAGUGCGCCCAGCAAGAGUUUGCCUGCGACAGCGGUGAAUGUGUUCCCCGCGCAUUGCGUUGCAAUGGACAUCCCGAUUGCGGAGACGCUUCUGACGAGGAUGGCUGCGAACUCGAGAGGCCUUUGUUGCCCGCCUCCUCCCCGUGGCCCAGCACUGCCCGGCUCCCUGCCACCCCCUCCCCCAUCACCACCCGUCGGGCACCGGUCACCAAGCUUCCUCCGGUGGGGGUCUCCAGGCCCCCACUUGUCCCCGGAUUGCGCCCUUGCCAGAAAGAAGAGGCCACGUGCUCCAACGGGCAAUGCAUCCGCCGGGACUUCCUGUGCGACGGCGAGCGGGACUGCACGGAUGGCAGCGACGAAUUGCAUUGCGGCACUCCCUCGCCCUGCGAACCCAAUGAGUUCCGAUGCCGGAACGGGCACUGCGCCCUCACGCUUUGGCGCUGCGACGGGGACAAUGACUGCGCCGACGGCUCUGACGAGCUGGACUGCCCCACCAAGGGCCCCGGAGACACCUGUGGCCCCGACCAAUUUGUCUGCCUCUCCAGCCACACCUGCAUCCCGGCCAGCUAUCAGUGUGACGAAGAGGCCGACUGCCAGGACCGCUCGGACGAGAUCGGCUGCA